UCGGUACUACAGUAUGGGGAAUAUGCAGUACGUAUGCCCUCAACCCCUUACGUAUAUAGUCUACCUACAUGUACAUAGUAAAUAUAUGCGGCCGCGAAUGGCCUGGGUUUGUGAAGAACAAUGAUGUGUACACUCAUAUGGAAAUUUAGUUAACAUUUCUACAUACGUAAAUUGCUGAAAAAAGUAUUGUUCUUCAGGUCAUUUUAAAAUCCCAAGUUUCAAUAUAUUGUUAAAAAUAGCAGUAAAGUUGUAACAAAUGGCGGCAGAAGUCGAGGAAAGAGUUCCCAUACCCAACUUGGCUCUGAAUGCGUUACUUAUACCUGCAAUAAAAGAAACAGCCAAGUGCCAUCAUGUUGACCAAACAAUUCUAGAUAGGAUACAGGGAGCUUUUCAGAAGGCUGAGCUGCAAGCACCUGGAGUAUGUCAAGAUUUUGUGUCUGCAAUUCUCAAGCAAGAAUCCAUUCCUCAUAACAUGAAUGAGAUACUUCUUUUGCUGUCUGAAAAAGAAAUUGAUGCUUUGUUUAUUGAUCGACCCGAACCAGGAUUUCAAACACUGAACAAGAAGGCACAAAAGCUGAAAAAGACUUUGUGCCAAAUUCCGAAAGAAAUUCACGACAGAUCAAAGUUUCUACAAGCAAUAAAAGAAAUUGCCAGUUCGAUAAAGGAGUUGCUUGAUUCCGUAAAUGACGUUCUUAAGAGUUAUAUUACAACAGGACGAAUGAUGGAACAUAAAAGAAAUUUAGAAUUUCAUAAAAAGGAGUUUGUGAAGUAUUCCAGAAGUUUCAGUGAUACAUUGAAGCGAUAUUUCAAAGAUUCAAAGGAAGAUAGUGUCUAUUAUAGCGCUAACAAGUUGAUUAGUCAGACAAAUAGUAUCAUACAAGAAUUCCAGCGAGCCCUGAGGCAGUGAUAAUUGUAAUUUUGUAAAAAUCAAUGUAAAUAAUGACAAAAGAUAAGAAUAGAUAUAAGUUGAGUUAAAUAAGACAUGAGCCAUAAUCCUAAGUAUCAUUGACAAUAUUUCCUACAUUCUGUUGUAAGAUAAUUUAUGACAUUAUUUUUGUGCAAGUUAUUUUUGAUGUAAAUUGAAGUUUUUAGACGCGUCUGUA